CCUAUCAUACAGUAGGAGCAGCGAUGCCGCAGGACCCGGAGAAGAAAAUUCAGGAGAAUUCUCCUAAGGGCAAGAGCCUAGCGGGCCCAUGUAAUCAAUGUAGGACAUCAGCAAACACAGAUAACAGGAAAUGAUCCAUUCCCUGUGGUCACUUAUUCUAAAGACCCAAACUUCAAAGCACAAGGAGUGAAAUGGAUGACUCCAUAGAAGGGGAGCAGUCUCGCCUUUCUUCUUGUCUUAAGGGAAGAGAAGAAAUGAAACGGAAGGAGUGUGUCUCCAUCCUCCCCCAGAAGGAAAGUCCCUCUAUCCGAUCCUCCAAAGAUGGAACGCUGCUGGCCUUAACCUUGCUGCUGGCCCUGGUGUCCUGCUGCCUCACGGUGGUGUCUUUCUGCAGGGUGGCCACCCUGCAAGCGGAGCUGGGGAACCUCCGGGCUGAACUUCGGGAGCCCCCAGCUAAGCAGCUGCCAGGACAUUCCCAGGCGGGAGCCGCAGCCCCCAGGGCAGCUGUGCAGGGGGCUCCAGCUGCCUCCGCUGCACUGAAAGGGAUCUUUGCAGCAGCAGCUUUAGGAAACAGCAAUGCCAGUCAAAGCAGCAGGAAUAAGCGUGCUCUUCAGGGUCCAGAAGAAACAGGAGCCUACACGUUUGUUCCUUGGCUUCUCAGCUUUAAAAGAGGAAAAGCCCUAGAAGAAAGAGAAAAUAAGAUAUUGGUCAAAGAAACUGGCUACUUCUUUAUAUAUAGUCAGGUUUUAUACACCGAUAACACCUUUGCCAUGGGACACCUAAUACAGAGGAAAAAAGUCCAUGUCUUUGGGGAUGAAUUGAGUCUGGUGACUUUGUUCCGAUGUAUUCAAAAUAUGCCUGAAACACUGCCCAAUAAUUCCUGUUAUUCAGCUGGCAUUGCAAAGCUGGAAGAAGGAGAUGAACUCCAACUUGCAAUACCACGAGAAGAUGCUAAAAUAUCACAGGAUGGAGAUGGUACUUUUUUUGGUGCAUUGAAACUUCUGUGACCUACUUACACCUUGUUUGUGGCUAUUUUCAUCCCUUUCCAUGUACCUCUAAGGAGAAAACACUUAACUGGAAAUGCCAAAAGAAAAAACCCCCAAAAACAUUAACCAUAGCCUUUUCUAUGAGCUAUUUGUUUUGGUUUGCUGAAACUAAACCAAACAGGAAAUUUAACAGACAACCACAGCCAAAGGGUGUCAUGUGAAUGACAAGAAAUAGAGCCCAUUUAAGGCAAGAUAAAAUUAGAAAGACUUUUCACUGUAAUGCCAUGUUGAACAACUUAGUCAGAGCUUCUUGUCUUGGAGGAAGCACAGUAUUCAAAGGGACAGUAGUCAUCGCUUCAAAAACGGUAUUCCAUUAUUUACUAUGAAACAAUUGCCCGCAUCUGCAGGAUAUUAAGACAUUUGGGGGAAAUCUCAGGAUACGUCCUCUAUUUUUACAUUAAAUACACCAGUCUCCUUUUUCAGUUAACAUGAUAGAAAGUAAAAAGAAAAAAUUCUAGAAAUCUUGCAUUUGCUGCACGAAAAAGUAAUUAAAAACUUAAAUUUAAACAUUGUAUUAAACAAUUGGACUCAAAAUAAGAUAUAGAUAUUAUUUAAGUCUUUUCGGUUUAUUUCAAGUUUGCAAUUUUUAUCUCUAAUAUUGUAUAUUACCCAAUGAAACACUUCCAGACAUUUUUCACAGGAGGGAAAUAAGUCUCUCAUGUGUUUAUACUUAUGUGUAUUUUCUGUAACUAAUUUCAGUUACUUCAAAAACUUAAUGUAAGGCAAAUCCAAUUCAUGCAUGUAAGCAUUAAUUGAAAAAAAAUAACUAAUUGUUCUUAUGUAAAAAUAAAAUAUCCAAUAGCAGUUAAUUAAUACAUUUACAAUAAUGUGAUAUAAUUUCCAUUUAUUAAUUUCCAUUUCCUAUCCUUCUGUUUUAAACUGCUGCUAUUGUAGUUCACAUAUCCCAGCCUUUAAAAAAUACUCAUGUUAUUAGCUUUACAGAAUUUGAGGUUUAAUUAAAGUUCUUGGCAUCCUGAAGUAUGUUAUAUGGCAUGUACUGUUAUAAAGAAUACCAUAUAUGCCAGAAGACAUCAUUCUAACUUUCAUUUUAUAAAGAAUCAUAUUUGAGAAUGCUAUAAUUCUUAUCUUUUAUUACAUCAAUUUCCCUUUUUUUGCUUGAGUUUUUAAUGUCAUCAGUUUAAAGAGUUUUCACUUUAUUAAACAGUUUACUUCAUUAGUUUUAAACAGUAGCUGGAAGAAUAGAUCCUGGUCAGCAUUUAUUUUUCCCAGUCUAUAUAAAAAUAUUUUUAAAGAUAUACUUUUUAAAAUAAAAGGGAUGAUUUGUAUUUUUGUGUCUGACAUUAAACUUUGUUUAAAACUGAUAUCGAGAGUUUUGGAUUUUUGGUUAAAAUAAAAUAUAUUUUGCAAUUUAUUUUGUUUUACAAUAUUAUAAUUAAAAAAAAGUGGUAGAGUGGGAAUUUCAAUACUAGAAGGAGGUUAGUAACUUUUUUAGUAUUGCUGCUAAGUUGGAUGGCCAAAUAAAAAUUUUU